GAAAAUCUUUUUCUAUAUAUUCCCCUUAGAAAUAGAACAUGAACUCAAGAAAAUUUGUCGGGUGAGGAGUAACAAAAACUUGUUCAGCUGGAGUUCAAUCCAUCGCUAAAGAACAGCACAUAGGCAACAAUGGCGUCGACGGAGGGUUUGGUGCCCAUAACAAGGACCUUCCUGGCUUCUUACUACGACAAAUAUCCUUUUUCUCCUCUUUCCGAUGACGUUUCCCGUCUCUCCGAUCAGAUGUACGCCAUGGCUGCCGAUCUUCUUAAAGCCUCUCCUCCUACUCAAGGUGAAAGGUUAUUGGUACAAGAAGCUGAGGCCAAACCUCCGCAUAAAGUUGAUGAAAACAUGUGGAAGAAUCGAGAACAGAUUGAAGAGAUCCUUUUCUUGUUGGAAGCCCGUCAUUGGCCCGGAGCGCUUCAACAACAGCUAAGUGCUGAAGAUGCAGAAAUUGCUUCUGUUCUUGGGCGUAUUCAAGAGAAGUUCAAAUCUACAUUGAAGACUUUGGAGGAUUUCCAAACCAGAAAUUCUGAGUUUGUGUUCAAUACAGGAAGCCUUCAGAAUGCUAUAUUAGGCAUUUGUUUGUCAACCAGUACUUGUGGUAAUGGUGGAACAUUAAUGGUUUUCUGCAUAUUUUCCAUAUCAUCUUCUUUCAUUUUCUUUACGGAAGAGAUUGAAAAUCAAGAAGCAUUAGAUUGUCGUGUGUCAGGAUAUGGCCCCAAUGCUGAGAAUCUUGUCUCAAGCAAUUUCAGACAUUCCCUUCUCUACUUCAAUAUGUCCGAUUCUCAAUUUCAAGAUCCUGUAAUGACGUAUAUGCCACAAGAUUUCCGGGGUACAAUAAUUAGGCAACAGAGAGAGCGUUCUGAGAGGAACAAACAGGCUGCAAUUGAUGCUUUAGUUAACUCUGGUGGAAGCAUACAUGACAAAUAUGUUCUGCUAUGGAACCAACAGAUGGAAAGAAGGAGGCAGUUAGCUGAGCUUGGUUCUGCCACUGGUGUUUAUAAGACUCUAAUGAAGUACCUGGUAGGCGUGCCAGAGGUUUUGAUGGAUUUUGUUCGGCAAAUAAAUGAUGAUCAAGGGCCCAUGGAGGAGCAACGACAAAGAUAUGGACCACCUCUAUAUAGCCUUACAAAAAUGGUCCAUAAUAUCCGACUAUAUGUCUCUUUGCUGUGGGGGCGUUUUGAAUUUAGAAAAUUGGACGAUUCUAGAGCUUUUAAUCUGGACCACCAAAUAUCUAUUUUAGAGGAAGCGACUGAUGUCUACUCUUCUGAGGUUGAACGAUUUAUUAACUUUAUCAGGGAGGUUUUCACAAAUUCCCCCUUUCUUAUUAGUGCAGAGGAUGCUGGUACAUUAUCGGCCAGUAAAAAUGAUGACUACAAGGAAAUAAGUGUUUCAGCAGGGGAGACUUAUGAGGUGGCUUUGACAGUGGAAUCGGUGAAUUCAUAUAUUGCUUGGGAUUUCUCAUUAGUCCAGGGAAAAAUGAAUAUGGACAUUGGAUUCAGUGUAGAGUGCACAGAUCUUUCCGGGAGAAAAACUCUAAUUCUGCCUUACCGACGUUAUGAUGCUGACCAAGGUAACUUCUGCACAUGCGUAUCAGGAAACUAUAAGCUUAUCUGGGAUAAUUCAUAUUCAGCAUUUUUUAAAAAGGUACUUUGGUACAAGGUGGACUGCAUCCCUCCAGUUGUGGAUUCUGUAUCUGCUUCUGAUCAAUAGGAUAAUAUUAAUACUCUCCCAUCAAUGACAUUCUUCACAAAGUUGUUCUUGCUUUUGUUACAUUGUUUUGCUGGUUGCAAGAAAGUCUGACUUUGGUGAAUCAAGCAUCUAUGAAUUUCACUUCUGUGUGAUGUGAUCUACAAAACUGUACCUCAUUUCCUUCAUGCCAUUAAGCUGCUUCUGUUUUUCUUCAUCUUGCGGCGAUUUUGUUUAUAUUCGCUAUCUGAUACUGAAUUCUGGUUUGUGUAUAUUGAUGAAACUCUCGAUUUGACAUUGACAUGAAUUUUCCUCUUUGCAGGAGAAAAGCAAAACUUUUGAACUACUGCACAUUUUUUUUUUUUUUUU